AUGGGCAAAAAAAGGGAAACCUUAGUAUUAAACGAACAGUGGUUCAUCCUCAAGGUUCCCGCUCCACCAGUCGAUCAGUGCACAUCAACCUUGGAAAAGCUGGUCAAAGCCGCCAAGAGUCCACUUGUGCAUCCACGGAUGCUCUAUGUUGUACUGAGAUUUCGCGCUGGUACCAUGGACAAGCUGAAAGCUAUCUCUGGAUGGCUUGGGGUCGGUACCAGAACAAUGCUCUGGAUUUUCGCGGGAUCUGCAUGGAGAGAGAUGAUGACGUGA